UGCACCCGGCUGUCCGCUAGCGGAAUUCGCGGACCUCUGAGGAAGCCAUCCAUUGCUCAGGUGGGCUUCAAAGAGCGUCCAAGGCGUUACUUUUCAGACUCCUCUUUGACAGAAUUGUAAGCCACUUAUAAGGAGUGGGCCUGCCUGCUCACCAUGCAAUACUUUCUCGCUAUCGGAAAAAUCGCAGCCACCAUUGCAUUAGUGAUAAUCUUGUUUUUGUGCGGAAGACUUGCGCUGCAAUGGAUUCGUAUGUAUUACUACCUGCGAAAAGUGCCACACGUGGAGGAAAGAUGGCCUUUCUCACUGCUGCUCGAUACUUGGAUCGCGUUGCGCCAAAUGGACAGGAGUCUUCCCAUCACAGCGAAAUUUUUCAACUAUAUUGGAGAUGUCAUUUCCAAGAUACACGAGGAAGAGGUAACUAUUGCAUAUUACGGUCCUCAGCCAUUUCUCCUCGGUAUUUCUCCGACAGUGUUCGAGGCGAUUCUGUCAAGCAAUGUGAACCUUAAUAAGUCCUUCAUAUAUCGCAUGAUGAAACCAUGGAUGGGAAAUGGCGUCCUGACAAGUAACAAGGAAAUUUGGAGUACACGUAGGAAAAUACUUACGCCCGCUUUUCAUUUCAAGAUAUUGGACAAUUACGUGCACAUAAUGAACCGACGAACGAGAGAGCUCGUUGACAACCUGAUGCAACUGGGGAUGAAGCCUUUCGACGUACUUCCUGUCUUGCGGCUUGCGGCUUUUGGAAUGUUCUAUGAAACUGCAAUGGGCGUCAAUAUCAACGAAGAAGAAGGCACGAGCAAGAAACUACUUCAAACAACCGACGAUCUGGCAGCCAGCAUCAUAUCCCGAGUUCUCAAGGUUUUUUACUGGCCUGACAGUGUGUACUAUAUGAGCAAGGAAGGAAGGAUAUUCUUGAAGAAGGUGCGCUAUAUUCGAGACUACAACAAGAGGAUUAUUCAAAAGCGGAAAGCACAAUACAUUUCAGGAGAAGCCGGCUGUGCACCGAGAAAAAGCUUCCUGGAUAUUCUACUUCAUAUGCAUGUCGAUGAAGGAGCCCUAACAGAGCACGAAGUCGCCGAGGAAGUUGCCACAUUUUUCAUCGGAGGCUUUGAUACUACGGCCACAGCGGCAUCGUACACCUUGUAUUUGCUGGGACAUCAUUCAGACAUACAAGACAAAGUUCAGGCUGAAAUCGAUGCUGUUUUCGCUGACGACAAGCAGAGGAGCGUAACGAUUGAGGACAUUAAGAAACUGAAAUAUUUAGACUGCGUAAUAAAGGAGUCCCUACGCCUGUACCCACCAGUUCCUCUCAUCGCUCGCAACAUAGAUGAAGACGUGCACAUCGGAAAACACACUAUUCCAAAAGGAACGGUUGCAGUAUGUGCCAUUUAUUUUUUGCAUCGACACCCUAAUGUCUACAAGGAACCGAACGCAUUCAUGCCGGAAAGGUUCAUGGAGACUGAGAACGUCAGCCCCUUCGCUUACGUCCCCUUCUCCGCUGGAUCCAGGAAUUGCAUUGGCCAAAGGUUUGCCCAACAGGAGGAGAAAAUUAUGUUGGCCCACAUCCUGAGAAACUUCAGUGUGGAAUCCCUGGUACCCAUGGAGGAGCUUCAGCUGCAACUAGAAAUAGUACUAAGGCCUCUGCAGGGAAUACAACUGAAGCUGACACCUCGCCAAUGUACGUCUCACUAUUAAAUUUUCGUUAAGAGAUUUG